UCAUGAAAUCAAAAUGAAUUAAUUAUAAAUUAAUUCACCCCCCGUACAACGUGUGCCGAUGGAGACAUGAGUUAAACAGACCUAUUUUGUUUAUACCGGGCUGUAAAUAUCUUAUAUUUCUGCUGUAAAAACAGGCGUUUUUGAAUUGGUGUGUAUGUGACUUCCGGUGAUUCUGCAGCCAGCCUCAAGUGGACACUCUAAGAACUGCAGCUUUGGCAUUUUUCAACACCGGAGGUUGCGGCUCGUGCAAGUCCUAUGGUUUUGCAAAAACACACUGGAUUUGUCCAGAUAAAUAUAUUAUACUAACGAUAUGAAUAUACUUUAAUUAUUUGCCCUGAUAAAUGUGAAAUAAAUAUUCAACGACAAAAAACUUAAUUGUUAAUGUAUUUUUUACACUUCAGGUUGUUAAUAAACUUUGAAUUCCAAGUUUUACCAACCUAAUGUGGAGAUCCUAUUAUAGAUUCAUUAGGUAUCGAGUAUCAAACCAGUAAAGCUUCAGUUUCAAGUAUAGUUUUAGUAUCGAGUAUCAUGACAAUGAACUUAAAAAAUGUUGUAUCAUGACAACACUACUGUACAACAUUACUGUUAACAGACUAUAAAUAUUUGUAAAUAUCCUACCAAGAUAAAGAACGGUUAUUUCCUUCAUAAAACUCUCCCCAAACCAAACUAAAAAGUAUAGGUGUCAGUGAACAUGAGAUUUUGUUUCCUGAGUAGAGCAAAUGAUGUCACACCAGGUUGACCAAUCAAACGCAGUCUUGUAAUUCAAGAGUGGAGAAGGUACUGAGAGUCUUUUCAUUCAAUACAGGAACUCCAACACGUCGACAUCUACAAUGUUUGUCUGCUUUUUGAUUCAUUUGUUCUUUGGGGGAAUGGCUCAGCUGACUUAUCAGGAAUCAUCCGUCUCUAUUCAUCAAGAGAGACGUUUUGUCUCAGCUGAAGUUGGACAAACUGUGACUCUGCAAUGUUUUUAUGAAGGUGAUGAUUCAGCAUGGCUUUACUGGUAUAAACAAAGUCUGGGUCAGACACCAAGGCUUAUUUCUACAUUCUACGUGUAUGAUACAAGAAUAACUUUCCAGGAUGAAUUUAAUGACAAAUCACGGUUCACACUCCACACUAAAAACAAAACAAAUCACUUGAUAAUUUUGAAUUUGAAAGUUUCAGACUCAGCUACUUACUACUGCGCAUGUAGCUAUGAAUAUUUAUUACAUUUCACGGAGGGCACUAUAGUCAGUGUAAAGGACUCAGGUUGGAACGUCCCAGCUUUAGUCCAUCAGUCUGCACCUGAGACCAUCCAGCCAGGAGGCUCUGUGACUCUGAACUGUACAGUCCCCACUGGGACCUGUGACGGGGAACACAGUGUUUACUGGUUCAAAAACUCUGAAGAGUCUCACCAGGAAAUCAUUUACACCCACGGAGACAGUAAUGAUCAGUGUGAGAAGAAUACAAAAACAGACACCUGUGUCUACAACUUGCCAAUGAAGAACCUGAAUCUUUCUGAUGCUGGGACCUACUACUGCGCUGUCGCUUCAUGUGGACACAUUCUGUUUGGAAACGGGACCAAGCUGGACCUUGAAGAUAACGUGGACUCUCUUGCCUUAGUGUAUUUCUUGAUCGGAGCUUUGACAGUCACCACCAUCCUGGUUGUUGCGCUGGCUUUCUCAAUAUACAAGAAAAUCAAGGGAAACAUCUGCCAAUGUAGAGAGUCUCAACCAGGAUUAUCUGCUCCAUCCACUGGAGACGACGAGGUAAAUGGCAACCUCCACUAUGCUGCUUUAAGUGUUCAUCAGCCUGAACGGUCGAGAAGACAGAGACACAUCGAAACGGGUGAUUGCGUGUACUCAGGUGUGAAGUGCUAAGAAUGUGCUUUUCACACCUAUAUUUAAAUAUUUAAAAAGAAAUGAUCUUAUCUAAAGUUGAAGUGUUUACCUUUAAAGCAGUGAACAAUUUUACCCAUAAUCAAAGUGAUUUUAUUUUAUAAUUAACAACAAUGUGCACCAAGAUUAAUUAUAUUUUUUUUUUGACUGUAUUCAUCCAUUUUCCAAAUAAAUUUCAUAAUUAAACUGAGUUCUAGUUACAUGAUUUAUAUAGAGAAUGAAUUAACCAUGCCUUCUUAUUGGGGAAACAUGUGAUCUCUGGUUAUAAUAAUAUAAGUAUCACUAUUGUUUCCAUAGUGAUAUGGACAUUCGGUCAUUGAUCUGGUUAUUCUGUGUUUUGGAUGGAGGUUAAAGACGAGCAAAGGCAAGAACAGACGUCUUGGACGUUGGAAGUCAUUUGUUAAAAGAAAAAGACAACUUUUAAGUCGUGAACUUUUUGAUGAGACUUAAGUGUUUUCAGUGCGUUAAACCUGACAACAUCUAUACUGAAAAUACUUUUGAGGAUAAUCAACCAAACAAUAAAUUUGAUGUACAAGAAAGUUUUUGUGGAGUAAUUUGGGUUUUUAUUUUCAUUAGAAAAUAAACUGAAAUCUUUGUACUUUUUUUUAACUUUUACAAUAAAGCCAUUCCAUUAAGAAACCAGA